AUGCGGCGACGACAUCUGGUCGCCGCGGCGACUCUGCUUGCCGCUGCAGCUCCGCUGACGCCAGGGCCGCGCACCACCUUGACGGGCCGACCGCGGCUCGCCGCCCUCAAGAGUGCGCCGGCUAACGGCGCCGCAGCGCCGCAGCAUGACGACGACGUCUACGACGUCGCCAUCUGCGGCGCCGGCCCGGCGGGCCUCGCGACGGCCGCCGAGUGCGCCGCUCGCGGAUUAAAAGUGUGCGUCGCGGACCCCGCGCUCGGGCGGGACUGGCCGAACAACUACGGCGUCUGGAUCGACGAGGUCGAACCGCUCGGCUUCGACGACUGCGUCGACGUCGUCUGGACGGAGUCCUCGGUCGUCUUCGAGGACGCGGCGCCGGGCGCGCUGGAGAACGUCACGCUCCAGCGGCCCUACGGCCGCGUGGAUCGGAAACGGCUGAAGCGGCGCCUGGUCGACGCGUGCGCCGCGGGCGGCGCGACGCUCCUGACGAAGCGUGCGGUGGACGUCGAGGGCACCGCGGUGGAAUUCGACGACGGUUCCUCCGUCCGCGCCUGCGUCGUCGUCGACGCUACUGGAUUUAGGAGGAAAUUUGUAAAACACGACGUCGCGUUCGACCCCGGCUACCAGGUGACCUACGGCGCGCUCCUCAAAGUGGAGAAGCACCCCUUCCCCCUCGACAAGUUGGUGCUCAUGGACUAUCGGGACGAGUACAUCGGCGGCGACGAUGAAAUGAGGAAGCGGAACGAGCGCUUUCCCACGUUCAUGUACGUCAUGCCCAUCUCCGACACCGAGAUCUUCUUCGAGGAGACGGUGCUUGUAUCUAGACCGGGCGCGGACUCGGCGGACCUCGAGGCGCGCCUUCGAAAAAGACUAUCUGUUUCGUACGGCAUCGAGCACUUCGAGGUCCUCGAGAGCGAGCGCGCGGCCAUCCCCAUGGGCGGCAUGGACCCCGUCGUGCCGCAGCGUGUUGUGGGAUGCGGCGCGACGGCGUCGUGCGUCCACCCCGCGUCGGGCUACAUGGUCGCGCGGGCCUUGGAAGUCGCGCCGCGCGUCGGCGCGGCGCUCGCGGCGCACCCCCGGCUGGCGGAGGCGCGGCGCGUGGCGGCGCGCGGCGACACCGACGGAGACGCCUUCGACGCGCUCUCCGAGGCGGCCUGGGCCGCGACGUGGCCCGCGGACGACCGGCGGCAGCGGGACUUCAUGCACUUUGGGUUCGAGCUGCUCUGCGUGCUGAACCCGCGCGAGCUGCGCGACUUCUUCACGGGCUUCUUCCGGCUCCCGGACGCGCUCUGGGAGCACUUCCUGAGCUGGCGCCUGUCGGGCGCGGGCCACGUCUGGAUGGGCGGCCUCGUCUGGUGGGCCUGCAUCCCGAAGCGCUUCAUGGCGCCCAUGCUCCUGAACUCGCUGCCCCACCUGCUCGACAAGCUCGUCGGACCGUUCCUCUCGCGCGGCGGCGACCUGAUCGGGCCGCACACGCCGUACACGGAAGCGCGGUGGCGGCCCGACGCCUACUACGCGUACCUCGCGGACCUCCGCGCGGGCCUCGCCGCCGCGCGAAAGGGGCCCGCCGCGGAGCCGGCGGCGGAGCCCGUCGCGGAGCCCGUGUCGCGGUAGGCCGGGGUUCUUAUAGGUAUGUUUAGCACGGUGCUGCUACCGCUCACUUUCACC